CAAAAACAAACAUGGCGCUAGAACCAAAGAAAAAAAAAGCGAAACACGAGGAUUCUUAUUUGUCCGUAGGCGGUACUGAUUUCUUUUCCGUAUAUAACACAUUAUAAUCCUCGCAAAUUAGUCCUCAGUUUACACUAACUGCACUGAUUUUUCGUUUUUAGAAUUUAACGACAAGAAGAAAGCUGCAGUUCCACGGGCUGUCCUUGCAGACGAAUUCACGCGGCAGUUUAAAACAGGUUACUUAUUCACAAUAUAUACUUUUUGAGAAACUGAUAUACUUUGAGAGGUGAUUAUAGUGUUUGUUAAGUUUUGUUCUUUUCGCGAGAUGUGGCACACGUGUUUCAUAAAGAAUACAGGGCCGCGACAUGAAUUUCACCCCGCGGCCGCACGUGUUGAGGUCGGAGCGCGAACGCCUUUUUAAAGCACAUUUUGAAGGUUUUUCUAGCCAAAAUACAAGCUUACACAUUUAUUGUGUUCUUUUGUCAACUUGCAGUGGAAGUUUUCGCAGCUGACAUUAAGGACAGAACUAAAACGUCAGAACUUAUAAGGUAACUCAAUUCAAAGCUUGCUCGCGCGCUACAAUUUUUAAUCUGAAAUCUAAGUAACCAAAAGUCGUGCCUGUUUAUCUGAGUUUUUUUUCUUUGACGAACCAGAUUGAAAAUUUUUAUUCUACUUUUUCUUUUUACAGAAGUCUUAAUGAUAAAUUCCCACUUGCAGGAUUGGAGCAUUUAAAGAGGGUCCGAAGCAUUAAACAUGGAAAAGGUUAGUCUCAGCUCUUUGUUUAGGCACAGAGAACGACGUCACUAGAAGGUAGAACAAUAAGCUUACAGAGUGCGAAUGAAAAGACUGAUCGUUCUUUUUUUACUUCAGCAAAAGUACGUGCUAUAUUCGCGUGGAGUGCUACUUGUUCUUGUUUUUAUUCUCCCCUUUUUCGUCAUCUGGAUUAAUUAACAUACUCAAAAGUAGUCAGUAUAACAAAUUUCAAUGGAUGGGUAUGUGAUCUCCCAUAUGGUCUAGCGGUUAGGAUUCCUGGUUUUCACCCAGGCGGCCCGGGUUCGACUCCCGGUAUGGGAACACAAAAUUUUUUUAAAAAAUUUUUUAAAUUCUGCUUUUGUCUUACUUAUGAAACAAUUUGUAUUUUUUUUGCCAUCUUCAUUUUCAGAUGCCAUAAUUCAAAUUAUUUUGUGCCCAAAGAAGAAACAAUGUGUGGACUUCACCAGUUCUUUGAAGGAUAUUUUGCAACAAAACAGAAUUGACUCUGAGCUUCUUGGUGAACCUUUUGUGACAAAUGUGGCAAAGCAUUCACCACUUACCAGGGAACAGUUCAGUGAGGCCUCCUCCUGCUGGCCAGUCAAUUUUCAUGAGGAUAAAUAGUAUGUGGAGAGAGGGAGAGAGUUGGGUUUGUGGAGACGUGGGGUGGGGUGGGGAACCAUCCUCUUUUUGCUUAUAAUUUUCAUGGGGAUGUAGCAUACUGGAAAAGAUAUAUUUUUGGAUUCUAUCCUGAAAAGGGAAUAUAUUUUUUGGGAGUUUUAACUAAAUUUUUUAGUCAACUGAAAAAAAAAAUGUGAAAAAAUAAUAUUUAUGGCGUUCACAGUUUCCUGAGUUUCAUGGUGAUCUGAUGUCAAAAACAUUUUCUUUGUGGAGAUUCCUCUAAUGGCCUCUCAGUGGGCCAUUAAAUCAAUUUUUUUUUCUUCACUAUUUUAAAUUAUUUUUAGUGUGAUGCUAACUGUUUUGAUUCAUGACUAUUUCCAAGUAUUUCAAGAGUGUUGAGAGGAGAACUGUUUGAUGAUGGUGAACUUCAGCUUAUCACAAAGUUUAUGAGAUUAGCAAUACAAAUAGCUGCAACAAAUAUGACCUCCCAAAAGGUAAAAUUUUUUAACUUUAUGUGUAGCUUGGUACAUUGGAGGAAAACGGUUGUUCUAUCUUUGAAAGAGACAAAGUACUUUCUCAUGUUGUUGGCAUUUUUGUGAUGCUGAUAAUUCUUUUGUUUAUCCAUCUUGUUUAAUUUUAGUUUCCUAUUGGUGCAGUGAUUGUCGAUCCACAGACAAACCACGCUAUAGCCAUGUCUUAUGACCUCCGUUACACAGGCCACCCACUCCAGCAUUCUGUCAUGGUCUGCAUUGAUUUAGUGGCUCAUAAUCAGUUGUCAGGGGCUUGGCAACUUGACUGCGAAGCAGUGAAUGGUACAUGGACAAUGAGUGAAAGAAUUCCACAGCUGCAGGAACAUUUAAAUUUUUCUCACCACAACAAACAUUCUUUGGACUCUAAGCCAUCAGAAACAGGAGAAAGAUCAUUAAAUGUGAUGGAACCUUCUGAUCUGGCAACAAACAAGGACCAAAUCUGCAAAUCAACUCCUUAUUUGUGCACUGGAUAUGACCUUUAUGUUACAAGGGAGCCUUGUGUUAUGUAAGUAUCAGUACAUAUUGUUAAGUGACACUUCCCCCAAAGUGUGAAGCAGCUCUCUCUUAACUCAGUGUUAGCACUAAAUUCAAGGUUGGGUUAGGGGCGGGAAGGGGUAGGUGAGCAUUUUCCCAGAAUAUUUUGUAGAAAUCCGAAAAUGUGAUCACCAAAGGAAAAAAUGUGUUACCUUUUAUUUGUAUGUAGAUAAGAUUGGGGCUUAAAUUGUGUUAAAAUAUACUGUAAAAUUCCGAAAAUAAGCCCUGACGCUUAUAUUUUUCAAAGGCCCUUUUUGAGGGGCUUAUUUUUGGAGGGGCUUAUCUACAAAGGGAAAUUUGCGUUUCAAAAUCGAUUGGGCUCGCCUUAUAGUUGAAAGUAAAUUUACCGUUUUUGCCUUGUUUUACUUUGUAUUUGAGGGCAAUUUUCCAAGUACAAGCCCCGGGGGGCUUAUAUUUUGAGGGGCGAUUUAACAGAGGGUUUUUUGGGUUACCCGUUUGGGGGGCUUAUAUUUGGAGGGGCUUACAUGGAGGGGCUUAUUUCGGGAUUUUACGGUAUAUAGCACAUUCUCAAACAGACCCAUCAUAACUUCAUCAUAUGUUAACUUGUUUCAGGUGUGCAAUGGCCUUAGUCCAUUCAAGAAUCAGGCGUGUGUUCUAUGGAUGUAGUGACAAUGUGUUAGGUGCCUUGGGGAGUAGAUAUAAGAUUCACACCCAGACUGGACUAAAUCAUCAUUUUGAAGUGUUUUCUGGCGUUUUAGAGGAAGAAUGCAGAAGCAUUUUCGAACAAUCAUUUGCAUAUGACUUAUGUUGA